GCCCCCUGAACCUUAUAACUUCUUGCACCACCCCCAGCAGCAACAAUUGUAGUCAAGUGUUUACAAAAACUGAUGAGCAGGGUUGCACAUAUGGAUGUUUUUUGUCAACUGUUCUUUGCAUAGUGGAUGGAUCCCAUGCACCAACAUAAAUGAAUGGUUACAAAUGGAUGGCUGGACAUUAUCCUUCAAGAUUUGUUUGUAAAGAGUCAAAUUCAUGCUUUCUUUCAUCAUAACUGGUCAUCCAUGUCCCAAAGCAUCAAAACAGCCCCAAAGUAUGAAACUCCCACCAACAUGUUUCACUGUUAACAUGGCGUUCUUUUUAUCAAAUGCAGUGUUAAUUUCACACCAGAUGUUAGAGGAGGCUCUCCUUUCAAAAAGUUCAACUUUUGUUACAUCUGUCCGCAGAAUAUUUUCUCAGAAGCUUUGUAUGCAUUGUUUAUAUGUUUUUAGCAAAUUUGAGACAAGCCUUGUACUGGUUGUCCAUCACUGCACAUGUGCCUUAUUGCUCAUUUCAACUGACUUUCCCUGUAGUUAUUGUGUGUGCCAGCAGAGGGCAGUAAACUACCAGUAGAGGUGAAGAGGAGGCACCUUAGGCCCUGUCUGUUUAUCAGGACAGGAUCUGGGUUUAUGAGCUACAAUAGCUGCACAAGAUACUUGUGUGUAGGCUGUGAUUAGGGACUCCACUAUGGCGAUCGCUGCUGGACUGGCUCUUGUGGCGCUGUGUGCACAGAUGGCACAUGGCAGCACCUUACACACAUCUGAGCAUGGAGCAAGUUCACGUAACUACGACUACACUAAAUACCAUCCAAUGCCAGAGAUCUAUGACUGGAUGGAGCAGAUGGUGGCUGAGAACCCUGGGGUGGUGUCUUCAGCUGUCUACGGAGAGACCUUUGAAGGCCAGAACAUCACGUACCUGAAGAUCGGCCUUGGCCCAGAGAGUGCGGAUCGGAAAGCCAUCUGGAUGGACUGUGGCAUCCAUGCCAGGGAGUGGAUCGCUCCCGCCUUCUGCCAGUGGUUUGUCAAAGAGGUAUUGCAGAGGUAUAAAACCGAUGAAAAGUUGAAUGAGAUGCUGAAGAACAUUGACUUCUACGUUACCCCGGUGCUGAACGUGGACGGCUACAUGUACAGCUGGAUUAAUGAGAGUACACGUCUGUGGAGAAAGUCCAGGUCGACCCCCCCAGAGGGCUGCUCUUGUUACGGCGUGGACCUCAACCGCAACUUCAACGCUAACUGGGGCACGGUGGGGGUUUCUCAUGACUGCUGCUCCAACAACUACUGUGGGUCAGGGCCCGUGUCGGAGCCUGAGGCCCAGGCAGUGGCAUCGUUCGUGGGCAGUCGAGCAGACAGGAUCCUCUGCUACCUCACCAUGCACAACAAGGGCCAGCUGCUACUCAUGCCAUACGGACACCCACAGAUAUCAGCACCCAACUACGACGAGCUGAAGGCACUGGGGGAGGCUGCAGUAGCUGCUAUUAAGGCUGUGCAUGGCAUGGAGUACCGCGUAGGCACCUCACCAGAGAUACUCUAUGCUAACUCGGGUUCGUCUCGUGACUGGGCUCGGCUGAUAGGCAUCCCCUACUCCUACACCUUUGAGCUGAGAGACACAGGUGAGUUCGGGCACCUGCUGCCGGAGGAUCAGAUCCAGCCCACAGGUGAGGAGGCCUUCGAGGGGGCCCUCUACAUCAUCACCUACGCCUACGACCGCGCCUUCCACAACCGCACCGAGAUCAGCGCCGCCCCCGCCACCGCCCGCAGCACUGUUGGACCCCUCCUGGCCACCGUAGUCAUGUCCUACAUCUCCACUGCUUACCUGUCAUAGAGUGCAUUCCAAUAUGCGGACUCCCGUCCUCCACUUGUGCUUGUGGCCUCGGCCCGCCUCGGCCUCGGCCCGAUUGCAAAUGAGAAAAUGACAUUAGAAUUGUGGUUUUGCAAGACAUUGAAUUCAUUUUCUGUCGUCAGUGACGUCAUUACGAGUUCACAAGCAGGCAAGUGAGCAAGGGGGGACUGGUAAGCAGAGAAAGGCUGGAUCUCAAAUGGCACACUUGUGCACUUCGGGCACUAUGUUUCAGUGCGUAACUAAUACGGCAUACGCACUGAAACAUGAACACUAAAGUGCACAAGUGCAACAUUUGAGAUUCAGCCAAUGUGUAGGUAAAUAAAUAGCAUGUUCAAUUGUUCUAUGCAUGUAUAUUAGUUAUGGGAGAAGGAAGCACAGGUAGGGCUGUAAAAAGGGUGGUUAUAAUUAUCCUUAAGUGUUAUCCUUAAAAUGUACAUGUAAUGUUGUGUUAAAAUUUAAUGUUGUGCAGUGUUGUCAUUUAUGAGAUCACCAUUCAAUUUUAUGUCUUGGUAAUUCAUGAUUGAUAACUGCACUCUCUCUCUCAGGGCAACCAUUGGCAAAUGACCACAUAUGAUUCAGAGCCAGAUUUGAUGCAGAGGACGAAAAAUGUUCACAAAAUAAUUAUAUUAUUUAUCAAUCAUUCACCUUAGUGGUAUGACCUCAAUGCCUUGACUUGAAGAUUAAAGAUUAUGUCCCCUACCUGGUGUGAUCGUAUCUUGUCAGUAGAGGGCACUGUUGUCAUAGAUUUAAUGCAUAGAGGCUACAACCUCUUC